AUGCCGCCUAAGACAAGUGGAAAGGCCGCCAAGAAAUCUGGUAAAGCCCAGAAAAAUAUUUCGAAGACCGAUAAGAAAAAAACUGCGCCGGCAAUUCUCGAGGCCUUAGAAUUCGUGAGUUUCGUUUUCCAACCAUCUUCGAUGAGGCCUACCACUACGCACUUGAACAACGCGGAGGUCGCCGUCGGAGUACUAGUGUCGCUACUGUGUUUAUUCUUCUCCGCGCUGCUGAUCGUCGGAUUAUACAAGGACCGCCCCUCCUACUUGAAGGCGUACAUGAUAUACGCCAUUAUCGUGAUCACAUUUUCAACAAUCGGUUUCUUCAUGCUCCUAUUCACGAGACCCUCGGAAAUGGGCCUACGUGGGUUUUUCAAUAUGGUAAUUUCGAUCACGCUACUCGUUCUAAGUUUGCUCGCGGUACGUGCCUACCACGCCCAAGGAAGAAGCUACAAUAAUAACAACCAACGUGGAAUUAUCUGAAUAUCUUAAAAUUUAUAUAAAGUCUAACAGUACAAUUAAAACUUGUAGAUA